AUGCCACCCGACAGAUCGUGUUUUACGCCGCUGAACCUGCCAUCAAAUAUCUCUCUCCCAGCAUGCAUGGACCAUUUCAGCUUGGGAGCAGCACCCAAUACCAAUCUUUGGCGCAAACUACCCGACUGUGACACUUUAACAGCGCCCAUUUUGUUUACAUCGCUGUGUGAGCCGUUCACUAUAGCGGAGGUGACAGUCACAGCUGACUGGGAGAUGGAAUGCGAUCAGGGUGGAUUAGUUAUAUUUGCUGGUCCUGCGCCGUCCCAUCAAGCACCACCACGGCCAACUAUUAACCGUAAUAACAAUAAUAGUAACAGUAAUCCUGAUACUAAUACUCCUGGCGAGCAUCAAUCGCCUUCCCCAUACCCACACCCGCCCCGCCUCACUACACCCUGCAAAUGGGUAAAGGCUGGUCUAGAAUUUUCCGCAGGGACCGUCAAUGCUUCAUCAGUGAGUGCUGCAGGGGAUGGCGCGGAUUGGUGUCUAUGUCCCUUGGCCCUACCUAACCAGCCUACAUCAAUUGACUCUCUGCGCAUCAAACUCGAGCGCAUCGACCACUCGCUCUGGGUUUGGUACCAAUUGCCUUCAACUGGCUAUUCGCUCACACCCGGUGCGUUGAGUAACACUUGGCGAAAACUUCGCGAGGUAACCUCUUUCUUUUGGGGCGUUGAGGCCAAGAACGUCCACGUUGGUGUCUAUGCCAGUCGUCCAGCGAAUUCUUCGAUCAGCAGUACCGCUUGGGAAUCGAGAAAUGGGCAUCCGUUUGUUCAAGGUCAAGCUCCAGGGGCUGGGGCAAGGGAGCAUGAAAACAGCAUGGGAAAUCGUGCCAUGGACAUCGCGAGUGGUAGCGUUCGAGCUGGUGGCCUGGUCGUGGAAUUUGACGACUUGGAGAUUUUAUAA